AUGAGCCAAGAAAAGCAACUACCUUUUGCUGACGCUGCUACAAUUGUAAGAGCACAUCAGAAAGAUGUAUAUUUUGAAUCAUCAUACCGAGAUCAUCUACAAGAUUUAUUCCAAAUUCUAAAAGGUCAAAGAUUUGUAAAUACAUACUCAAAAGAAAUCACGGUGUUAGCUAAAGCAAUAUAUAUAGGUUUAACAUCAUUAAUAGGUGCAAGAACUUUAGGAGAAGAAUAUGUUGAUUUAAUAUAUGUCACUAAAUCCGGUAAAAAGCUACCUCGAUUCUUACCAAGAUUGGGAUUUCUAGUAUCAUAUGCAAUUGUGCCUUAUUUGAUAAACAGAUUUAUAAAGUAUUUGAGGAUUAAAAAAGAACAAGAAUUUGAAUUAUCAAAAACCGAUGAAAAACUGGACUCUACUAGUAAUUGGAUCAUAAAAUUUUUAUCAAAUUAUUAUUCGGUUCUCGAUACACUAUUGAAUCUCCACAUUGCUAUAUUCUAUUUCAAAGGUGAAUUUUAUUCAUUGUCAAAGAGAUUUUUUGGAUUGAGGUAUGCCUUUGGACAUCAUAAAGAACCAGAAAAAAUGAAACGAGGUAAUUAUUCACUACUUGGUGGACUAAUAAUCAUACAAUUCCUUGUGGAGAUGUUGCUAAAAGUAAAAGAAUACAACGAUGAUCUUAUAAAUAAUGAAAAAUCACCAAAGGAAAAAACUAUCAAUGAAAAUACCCUAGAUCAAAAUACUGAAUUAAGAAUAGAUAAUAUUAAACAAUUAAAUGAAUUAAGUGAAAAUUUCGAUUCAAAAAUUUUAAUAGAUUUAAACGAUUCAAAACAAUUACCUUAUUUAGAAGAUAAUUCAAGAAAUUGUAUGUUAUGUUUAUCACCAAUGAUAACUCCAUCAGCUGCAAAUUGUGGUCAUUUAUAUUGUUGGGAUUGUAUAGUUGAUUGGAUUAGGGAAAAUCCUGAAUGUCCUCUAUGUAGACAACAAUGUUUAGAACAACAUUUAUUACCAUUGAGAUGA